AUGCCAGAUCCGGACUUCUACCGCGAGGACUUGCCACGGCACCAAGCGAAGAACAGUGUGCCACCUCCUCGGGUCCGUCGCCCGGAGCGAGAGGGGCCAGGCGAGGAGAUGGACCCUCCGCGCAGUGCUCGGGAGACACGGAACCCCUCGCUGCCGCCCAUCGAGAAGGAGCGCUGCUGCGGCUUCGCCGGCCAUCCGGUGUUCUGCUGUCGCGCUGAGGGGAGCCGCGAUGGAAAGUCACGGCACCUGGUUCGCCUCGAGCGGCGCCCUGGGAGCGAGCGCCUGGGCUUUGGCAACGUGGCGGCGGGGCCGGCGACGAACCCGGUCCUUGUGAUCAGCUGGAUUCGAGAUGGCGCGUUGGCUGAGUGGAAUGAAAAAGCACCUGAAGGCUUGGCAGUGCCCGUGCAGUCCGCCAUAGUCUCUGUCAACGGCAUCUCCGGAGACCUGCAACGGAUGCGGGAAGCACUCAGAGCCCAGGUGGUGGACAUGGAGAUCAUGGCGCCUGAGCGGUGGAGGUACACGAAAGUUACGCGUUCAGCUUGA